ACAACAUUAGUGGUUAGUGAUUGAGCACGUGAAGCUGUGAGCAGGGUCAAGAGCACUUCGUUUUGUGUUUUUGGACGCCUGCUAAUAUUGGAGCUGAUUCCUGGUCAUGUUUGACCUGAAGAAGAGGAAUAGUUUGACUCUGCGAGGCAGUCGUGAGGCGGAGGAGUUCCGGAGAGUGGCGGUCAGACGGAAAGAUAAAGGUGCGGUGGGGAACUGCAACGCCUCAGAUAUGAGCAGUGGAGUUCGUGGCUCUUACAGCUGUGAUCGUGCUUGUGAUAGUCGCUAUGGACCUAAACCAAACUCCAAAAUUGGUGCAGAAGAUGAUGAUAAAAAAAGCCCAGCAAAGAGGUCGCCGAUCAAACCAGAAGUACCUCCUAAACCGGCUCACCUCCAGACCCCUCAGAGGAUAGGCUGGGAUCAAACCUACAGUCCCACUACAGGAAAAAAAACACCUCAGGGAGUUGGUGGGGCAGGGUCAGUCCAGAGUCCACAUAGAGAUUAUAGAAGCUCUGUUUCCUGCAUCAGCCCAGCACAAAAUUAUCAGGCCUCCCCAAGUCCAGUUAGAGGUGCAGGAAGCAACUUUCUGAAUGCAGCAUCCAGGACACAUAUCAGCCCUGCCAUUCAAGCUCAGGGGGUUUCAAAGCUUACAAACUGCCCAGUUUUAGGAUCUCCAAGUCCAGGCAAAAGAGGCAUUCAGAGCUGUAGCCCAUUGAGAGAGGGAGGCCACAGUCCUGCUAAGCUGUCCCCAAGAAACCAUAGCCCUCUCAUGGGAAAACUGCGGACCCCGAGUCCUGUUCAGAAGAGGAUGGGCUGCUAUAGCCCUGCCAAGAACUCUAAAUCCUGGCUGGGGCUGCACAGAAUCUCAAGCGAUAAGGUGGAAACACAAGAGAAGAAGACUGAGAAAUCUUUGAGUGUGCCUGAUCUGAUUGUUUACAUGGAUGAGGGCAGGACUCCUGGUGAAAAGGUUGAAUGCUCUCCUCUAAAACAGCUGCAAUCGGCCAACUGUAGCGGGCUGGGCAUCACCAUCAGCGCACCUGCUAAACAUAGACUCAGUCUUCCUACAAAUGAAAGCCAUCUUUCAAGCAUCGGCACAGGGUGUUCCCCGGGACAAAUGAAUGGCGCAGUGCCAUUAGUUGUAAAUGGUGGGGGAGUGGAUGAUACAGUGGAGGAAGCCAAGACAUCCAUAAGACAAGGCUCCAGGUUUUGCUGUGAAUGGACUAAAGCCAUUACAGGAAAUGAAAGGAUUCACAAGAAGUUUGGAGGUGAGGAAAAUGAGGAGGAAGAGGAAAUGAAUGAAGGGGGAGGAGGUGAGCCAAAAGAUGAUGACACAGAGGAUAAAUUGUACAAAAUAGCCAAUGAACUCCUGCAGACCGAGAGGGCCUAUGUGGCUCGUCUCCACCUGUUAGACCAAGUGUUUUGUUCACGCCUAACAGAAGAGGCAGAUCGAGGCUCAUUUCCUUCUGAGGUCAUUAGAAACAUCUUCUCCAACACAUCUUCAAUCUACUCCUUCCACAGCCAGUUUCUGCUCCCUGAUCUGGAAAACUGCAUCUGCCACUGGAGUGAAAGCCCUGGUCUGGGUAAAGCUCUUCUGCAGCAUGCACCCUUCCUGAGGAUGUAUGCCGACUAUGUCAGGAACUUUGAACAGGCCAUGGAGCUAGUGAGAACAUGGACUGAGCGCUCCUCUGCCUUCAGAAACAUAAUCCAGGAGAUUCAAAGCCAAGACAUGUGUGGCAGCCUCACCCUGCAGCACCACAUGUUGGAACCAAUCCAGAGGGUUCCACGCUACGAGAUGCUAUUGAAGGAUUACCUGAAGAAGCUGCCUGAGGAUAACCCAGAUUAUGAGCUUGCUCAGAAAUCCUUGCAAGCCAUUUCCAUGGCAGCCACUCACUCAAACAGCGCCAUUCAAAGAGCUGAGAGCCUGAAAAGACUGCUGGAGAUCUAUGAAAUGGUUGGAGAAGAAGAAGUGGUCAACCCGACCAACGAGUUUCUCAGAGAAGGUCGUCUGCUCAAACUUGCUGCCAGGAACACAUCGGCCAUGGAGAGACACCUGUUCCUGUUCAACAACUUUCUGCUGUGCUGCACACCAAAGUUCAGCCUGGUUGGACAGCGUUUUACAGUCCGAUGCAGAAUUGGAGUGGAUGGCAUGCAGGUGCAUCAGACCACCAACGAGGACCACCCAUACACCUUUCAGGUCUCUGGAAAGGAGAAGACUCUUGAGCUACAGGCCAGCUCUGAGCAGGACCGAGACCAGUGGAUCAAGGUGAUUCAGGAAGCCAUUGAUGUGUUUCAGAAGAAAAAUGAAACCUUCAAAUUAGCUUCUAAGGAGCUGAAUGUGGAAGAACCUUCAAAAGAACUUGGCCGAAGAGCACCCCGUUGGAUCAGAGACAAUGAGGUGACACAAUGUAUGACAUGCCAGGAGCCUUUUAAUGCUCUCACCAGAAGAAGACAUCACUGCCGGGCUUGUGGCUUUGUGGUGUGUUGGAAGUGUUCAGAUUAUAAAGUGGCUUUGGAUUAUGAUGGUAACAAGUUGAACAAAGUCUGUAAAGCUUGUUACUUGGUCCUGACUGGUCUGAGUGGUGAGAAGGUGGACAGGAAGAAGAGAAGAACACUAGAGUUGGAGGCAUAUCCAGAAUCCCGAGACCGCCUAAUGAGCAGCACCCUGCAGUAUUCUGACAAUUUGAUGAGCUGGCAAGAAGUGUCGUGUGUUCUCACCAGAACUGAUCCUCCAGUUUUACAUGUGUGUGCUGCUUCACAGUCCCUUUUCACCAUUCCUCUACUGGGCUGCAUCAUUGAAGCUUCUCCACAGGAGCUCCAGGAUCAGCACAGCUUCUGUCUCAAACAAUCCAAAACCACCCACAUCUUCUCCUGCGAUGGUCUGGAGGUCAAGCAAAACUGGUUGACCGUUCUUAGAGUUGCUGUGACGGGCAGGAUACCUGACGACUACAUCACUGGGGAGUCUAGCUCUGGGGUUUAUGGCAGUGAUGGUGAUGGAAGGGAGAAGGAAAUGGCUCCUGAAAGUUUAAGACAUUGCAGAAAGGACUCAUAAGCAUGUCCGUGAACAUACAACACAGUGAAAAAACAUUUAAAGUGAGAGCAGGAGAUUUGUUUUUAUUACCAGUGUCUGUGCACUUUAUUUCUGAGAUGGUUUACAGUAAAAUAAAUAAAGAUGUUUUAACAAGA